GUCUUACGAAAACAGGGGCAGAAGCAGCAACAAUUUCUGCUGCCAGCCAAUUCUCGACGCGCUGCUUUCUAUCUCCAGUUUGCCCUAGUACCAAAGCCACGCGAGCGUCAAAAUAGACUUGCGGUUUCGCAAUCGGCCUUCAGUUGCUGGGAGGAGGCAGAAGCAGCUCUGGUGGUGGUAUAAUUGUCACAGGUCAUUAGUGGUUGGUGGUUUUUUGGAGUAAAUAUCGAAUAUGAGCUCAGAUAGCAGAAGCCGAAGCAGGAGCAGGAGCAGGAGUCCAAUGGAUCGCAAGAUACGUACUCAACGAUAUUCAUAUCGUGAUGCACCUUAUAGACGGGAGUCAAGACGGGGAUUCAGCCAAAGCAGUCUGUGCAAGAACUGCAAGAGGCCCGGUCAUUUUGCUAGAGACUGCACUAAUGUUGCCAUAUGUCACAACUGUGGCCUUCCUGGGCAUAUUGCAUCAGAAUGCACCACAAAAUCUCUGUGUUGGAACUGUCGCGAACCUGGCCAUAUGGCUGGAAACUGUCCAAAUGAAGGUAUCUGCCACACCUGUGGUAAGGCAGGCCACCGUGCAAGAGAUUGCACUGCUCCUCCUAUGCCACCUGGUGACCUGAGGCUCUGCAACAAUUGCUUCAAGCAAGGGCAUAUGGCUGCUGACUGCACCAAUGACAAGGCCUGCAAGAACUGUAGGAAGACAGGUCAUCUGGCUCGUGAUUGUCAGAAUGAUCCAGUUUGCAAUUUAUGUAAUAUAUCUGGGCAUGUGGCUAGAGAUUGCCCAAAAGGAAAUAUCUUUGAUGAGCGAGGUGGAGGACCUCGUAUUGGUGGUGGUGGUGGUGUGGGUGGUGGAUAUCGGGACAUUGUUUGUCGGAACUGUCAGCAAGUAGGCCAUAUGAGUAGGGAUUGCAUGGCCUUGAUGAUCUGUCACAACUGUGGAGGAAGAGGACACCUAGCAUAUGAAUGUCCUUCUGGGCGGUUUAUGGACCGUUUUCCCCGAAGGUAUUGAUGGAUGGGCUCAUAUUAUUGCACUGAUGGUUGUGAUGGUUUUGCCUUUAAUUUGAAUUUGAACAUGUUUUUGUUGUUUGUAGAAUAAUUUAUCUCCAAACUUUGUGUAGUAGUGAAUGAUCUGUUAUUUAAGUGCCAUAGAUUUGUUUGUGGUGCUUUUAAGAAUUUCUAUGUUAAAAGCAGGGUUUUGUUGAUGUCUGUU